AUGCCUCGCACCACGCGUGCCAGUACCCGAGCUAACGCCAAACGCGUUGCAGAAAUACAGGUCGAAUCCGAGUCUGAGGCCGAAAACGAAAAUGAAAACAUGGACGUCGACGUCGAGGGCAAGAGCGAAGAUGACGUCGAACGCGAAGCAAACGUUGAGGACGAGGACGAGGAGGUUGAAGACGAGGAUGCAGAAGCCGAGGGCGAGGACGAAGUUGAACAAGAGGACGACGAUGCUCCGGAGUCUGAGGACGAAUCGCCCCCUGUCGCACCUCCCCGCCUUAAGAUCAAGCUCAAACUCACGCAGACGACGCCAAGCGUGAGCGUGACCCCCACCCCAGAUGCGUCGCGCGCUGCGUCGCGCGCGCCUCGAGACGUGCCCAGCUCACCGAAAUUAGUUCUAAUAAACUACAAUGAGUCCGGAGACUCGGACUCCUCCUCUGAUAUCGACAGGAAGAUGAAGCGUCCGCUUACCAACCGCCAAGCUGUGCUUGCUAGCCAGAUAUAUUCUACACAUGUCGCCCUCGGUAUUUACCACGAUUUAGGCGAAGAGUCGCAGAGCAAAAAGAAGAAACAGCUGACGGAGACGGAAAUCGCCCUUCGACGUGAAGAGACCGCGCGCAAACGGCGAAACCUGACAGAGAAGAAGCUCGAGGAUGAGAAGAUGGAAACAAUCAACCGCCUCCUGAAGAAGCAAUCCCGCAAGAAACUCAAGAACACACCCGCAGACGACCGUACGCCUGCCUCUGGCGUCGUGACUGGUGGUGCAGGCUCAGGCACACCCGGGCAAGACGGUUCCGCGCGUGACGGAUCCGCCGAGGCCGACUACGUCGAGCCCGUCGAGACCGUGAUCCCGACGAUGUACCGUUGGAUAUCGACCACUCGUCCUCAGGUCGCCGAGCCUAGGUUCAAAGUAGGCAACUUGGGUGCAGCGGAUGGAAGGACGGAAGAGGACGACGCAGCUAUGGACGACGUAACCAGGGUGAAAGACGAGACCAAGGACACGGAGAGCGCUCGCGCCGACGGCAAUAUGCGCCUCACAUUCUCCAUUCCGCUCUCCGUUGUCCCAUCCGCGGCUGUGUCCACACCCCCGCCGGCCGCUUCGAAGGAAAAGCCGACGUGCGAUGUGCCUGGGUGUGCGCAGGCGCGGAAAUACCGACUCGUCAAGGACUGGAUGCACGGUGCGUGCGGGAUGGAGCAUCUCAAGAUGCUCGAGAAGCAGCUCGUCGUGUAG